AUGCUCAUCUCUCGAGCUCUCCUCGUCUUGUCGAGCGUUGCUAUCACCUUCGCUCGCCAUGACCCUCUCAUGCGACGACAGGAUGGCUCUGCGCCAGCAACCAGUGUCAACGAGACAGAUGUGACUCCCAAGCGAUUCAUUGUCGAAUUUGACAAAGGAACCAACCCUCAGGCUGCGGCCGAUGAGUUAGCUAGCCGCCCUGGAGUCAAGGUGCUCAAAGUAUUCAAGAGCGAUAUCUUCCAUGGUGCCUCUCUAGAGACACCGGAGGACAACUUGGACACGCUCAAAGCUGAGGAACCGGUCAUCCAAGCAUGGCAGGCGAAGAGAGUCACUUUGGCUCCUAUCGUCCCACUCCAGUCGUUUGGUAAGGAUGCGGCAGGCGUCAACCUGUCCAUUCACCACAUGACUGGAGUUGAUAAGCUGCACGCUAAAGGUGUCUUGGGAAAGGGCGCUGUUGUCGCUGUCGUUGACACAGGUGUUGAUUACACUCACUCUGCCCUCGGCGGAGGUAUUGGUGACGGCUUCAAGAUCGCCGGUGGAUACGAUCUUGUCGGCAAUGGAGCAUGGCCCGACGACCCGGAACGGCAUCCCGAUUUAGACCCAAUGGAUCAAUUGGGCCACGGUACUCACGUCUCUGGCAUCAUUGCUGGUGAGAGCAACCUACUCACUGGAGUUGCUCCAGAGGCAACCCUGCGGGUUUACAAGGUUUUUGCGACAUUGGACGCAACGACUGAAGAUGUCCUCAUUGAAGCUUUUUUGAUGGCCUACAAGGAUGGAGCCGAUGUCAUCACCUCCUCCGUGGGUGGUCUUGCCGGGUGGUCGGACAACGCCUGGGCAGUAGUUGCGUCAAGACUCGUUGAUGAAGGUGUCGUGGUCACGAUUUCAGCUGGUAACGAUGGCCAGGCUGGUGCUUUCGCCGCCAGCAGCGGUUCCUCAGGCGAACAUGUCCUUGCCAUUGCUUCCGUUGAGGCAGACAUUACCCCUACGGCCUCCUUCAACGCGACCUUUAGUGACGAUAAGGACGUCGAGAAGGUCAGCAUCCCGUAUCGGUCAGUCGAGGAUUGGUAUCCUUCUGAAAUCGACGGGUGGCCCAUCAUCCCACUGGGUUUUGACACCACGAUUGCAGACGAGGCUUGCAACCCGUUGCCAAACAACACACAGAAUUUCACGGACUCUGUGGUACUUAUUCGCCGGGGAGGAUGCAACUUCUCACAGAAGCAGCAAAACCUGGCUGAGUUUGGUGGCCUUCAGGUCCUCGUCUACACCAACGACAUGCCCAUUGUGAUUCCCUCGACCGAUUUCCUGGAUGGACAAAUCGCCAUGAUCACCCGAGAGGCUGGUGCUGAAAUCAUCAAAACAAUCAAGGCUGGUGGAAACGUCACUGCUGAUUUUACCACCCGGCCCAUUUACACGCUCACUGGACUGGUCAACGAGGAGACAGGAGGAGAGCCGAGCUACUUCACCACCAUUGGAGCAACCAAUGAUCUAUAUAUCAAGUCUGAUAUCGCCGCGCCAGGUGGUCAAAUCUUGUCAAGCUACCUUGGUGGUGGUUAUUCAAUUCUGAGUGGAACAUCUAUGGCCUGUCCCUAUGUUGCAGGCAUUGCGGCUCUGUAUAUUGGAAAGAACGGCGGCCGCUCCGUUCAUGGCCCAGGCUUCGCCAAGGAACUUGCCAUGAAAAUCAUCUCUUCCGGAAAGGCUAUACCCUGGAGUGAUGGAACCGGAGACAGCCCGGACUACGGAUUCAUGGCAUCUGUGGCCCAGGUCGGCACUGGACUCGUCAACGCCUCCAAGGUUCUUGACUAUAGUACAAGUCUCUCCUUUACUAAGUUUGCCUUGAACGAUACACGCAAGUUCAACAAACGCCAUAUUAUUGAUAUCACCAACAACGGAAACAAGCCCAUUACAUAUACCUUCUCAUCUGAGGCCUAUGGCGGUAUGAACACAAUGAAUACCGAUCCAGAGACUUGGGGAACACCACGCAUUGCUUGGGGCGAAGAGGUCUUGGCCACACCUGCGAAAAUGGAGCCAAAAAUCUCAUUCCCCGGUGGGAAAUUCACUGUCCAGCCUGGAGAGACCAAGAAGGCCAAAUUCACUUUCGAUGCUCCCAGUGGUUUGGACGCUUCUAAGCUGCCCCUAUACAGCGGAAAAAUUAUCAUUGCGGGAAACAACGGCGAGUCUCUCGCAGUGCCAUACAUGGGCCUCGGAGCGGAUCUCGAGAAGGAUGUUGGUGACAUCUUCCAAUAUCCCAUUGGCUUUCCGACAAUCACAUCGACCCGCGACGAUAUCCCCAUGAGCCAGAAGAGCAACUUUACCUUCGAUCUUGACCCAGACGUCCAGGACUUCCCCAACCUAUACGCCCGCCUGAACUUUGGCACCAGAGAGCUGCGAUGGGACAUCUUCGAUAGCAGCUGGACAGAGCGUAAGUGGAAGUAUCCCCCGGUGGUUGGGAAGUCGGGCUAUGUUGGAUCUGCGACAAGCUGGGCCCAUGCGUCUAGCCAGCCGGUCUUCAAUGCUACCACAGACGAUGCCGAGGAUGUCAUUACGCUGCCAAUGAGGGACGAGCCCCGAAGCAUCGUUGGAGUUGUGGGAACAGAGCUCUGGUGGCUCGGUCGGCUGGCGAAUGGGACUCAAAUUGCGCCCGGAAAGUACAACAUGCGGUUUGCAGCGUUGAAGCCAUUUGGCAACCCGCUCAAAUCGGACAACUGGGAUGUGUUUGCCACCCCCCCAUUCGAAGUCCUUCCUCUGAAGAAUUAACGUGUUUGACAAGCUUCUCAUUAUCCUUUAUAUAUUUGGCCAGAGACGAUGGCAAAGUACUCGGUGGAUAUAUUAGGAAUAGCCAUUGUCGAUUCAGUGUUUAUUACAUGCAGCUGCUAGUGGGAGCAUUUCUCAAGGAGCAUUUGAAACACUGGCAUCAUAUCAACAGAUAUAUUACUU